CGGUCCUCGCAGUGGGCCGAACCACUAUCUGAGUGCACCGCUCAGUGCUUCUGGUGAGAAACACAACAGCGCCCAAUGAAAUCUUGUCACUGAGAAUAAACAGAAAAUGGCAUUGCGAGCUUGUGGCUUUAUAGUGUUUCGACGUCUUGCCAGUUGCAUUCCUCCAGCAGGCAAUAUAGAGUAUCUACUUUUGCAGACUUCCUAUGGUGAGCACCACUGGACCCCACCCAAAGGUCAUGUGGACCCGGGUGAGGACGACCUCACUACAGCUCUGAGAGAGACCAGGGAGGAGGCAGGUUUAGGGGCCGAGCAAUUGCGGGUAAUUGACGGUUUCCUUCAGGAGCUGCGCUACGAGGUGCGAGGAAAACCCAAAGAGGUGCUGUAUUGGCUGGCCGAGCUGAGAGACCCAGGAACCGCUGUGACUCUGUCUGACGAACACCAGGACUACCGCUGGGCCCAGCUGGAGGAGGCCUGCUCUCUGGCUGGGUACAAAGACCUGCAGGACACUCUUAGGGCAGCACAGAGACACUUGGAGGCUCAGCAAGACAAACAGUGAUGCAGCUGUAGACUAUACACUGGGGAGGAUUAAAUAAGGAGGAUAACUGCCAACUCACAUGGGACUUUACUCUCUUCGGGCAGGGCAUCCAGAAUUCUGACUUUUUCUGUGUUUACCAUUUGCUUAGGGCUUAUCUCUUCUGCGAAAUCUUAUCUAAGUAAUAGAUUUUCUUCUGUCAAGACAAGCAGGGAGGAAAUGAAUCAACAGUUGAACUCGGGCUUAAUGAUUUUAUCCGAGGUACUGCACAAAAAGAUGAUUAUCUGUGUCCUUGUAUCUUCUUAGUCAUGUGCAAUGUGAUUAAGCAUGCAAAUUAUGUUUGUUUGAAUGUAAAUAAGAUGAAAUCCACACCCAAAGCAGAAAAAUGAGUGUAGACAAAUAUAAUGGAGGAGGGCCGCUCUAAACAUGAGAGUUCCACCACAGGUCAAACAGCAAACCUUAAAGUGAAGGAUAUGUUUUGUGUGGUAAUGCUGUUAUCUGUCUCUACUUUGAGUCAGAUUUUGCCAGAAUAAAUACUAGAAAUUUUGUCCAA